AUGCGUAUCGACAUUGUGUUCACCUUUACUUCCCUCUUGGGUAUGACGGAUGCUUUGCGCCGUAGUCGCAGGCACAACCCCCGAAAUUGGGGCAAAGGGCGUAACGAUUUCAACACCCAUCUUCCGCCAGGUAUCAACCUUGGGCUUCCCUGCCUCCCCCGCCGACGCUACUGUCGCAGGAACAGCCCAAAUGGUGACGGUGCCUAUGCCAUUGUCUCAGGGGGCACUUUGAAUUCCAUUGCUGGCAUCUUUUGCACCAUAGAAGACGCAUUGGCGGUCGAGAACUUGCAUUUCAUCAGAAACAAAGCCGGCAUUAGAACUGGUUGGGUUAUUCAAGAUCCUUGCAGCUUCAAUCAGCAGUCUUCGUCCUAUCGUCAGUACUAUUAG